CGUUCGAAGGGUGCCUGCUGCGACAAUAGGGGAAGGGUUUCUUCUUCCCAGUUGCAGUAUUAUGAAUGAAAGUCUUUUUUGGAAUUUAGCCUCAUAAGUAGUUAUUAUAUAACAAUAUCAAUAACGUAUUGGAAAGUAGUCCAUCUGAAGUAGUUUAGUUCAAGAUGUCAGCGAGUGCUGUUUAUGUGUUGGAUUUAAAAGGAAAGGUCCUUGUGUGUCGAAAUUACAGAGGAGAUGUGGACAUGUCAGAAAUUGAGCACUUCAUGACCCUUCUGAUGGACAAGGAGGAAGAGGGGACGCUCUCUCCAAUCCUGGCCCAUGGGGGAGUCCGCUUCAUGUGGAUCAAGCACAAUAACCUCUACUUGGUUGCAACAUCCAAGAAAAAUGCCAGUGUCUCCCUGGUUUUCUCUUUCUUGUACAAAAUUGUGCAGGUGUUUUCUGAAUACUUCAAGGAAUUGGAAGAAGAGAGUAUUCGAGACAACUUUGUCAUCAUAUAUGAGCUGAUGGAUGAGCUGAUGGACUUUGGUUACCCUCAGACCACCGACAGCAAAAUUCUACAAGAAUACAUAACCCAGGAGGGACACAAGCUGGAUACUGGUGCCCCCCGGCCCCCUGCCACUGUCACCAACGCUGUCUCCUGGAGAUCAGAGGGCAUUAAGUAUAGGAAAAACGAGGUCUUCUUGGAUGUCAUUGAGUCAGUUAACCUCCUGGUUAGUGCCAAUGGGAAUGUUCUGCGUAGUGAAAUUGUGGGCUCCAUUAAGAUGCGUGUGUUCCUGUCUGGAAUGCCAGAGUUGCGUCUGGGCCUUAAUGACAAGGUUCUGUUUGAAAACACUGGACGAGGGAAGAGUAAAUCAGUGGAGUUGGAAGAUGUGAAAUUUCAUCAGUGUGUCCGUUUGUCUCGUUUUGAAAACGAUCGCACCAUCUCCUUCAUCCCCCCCGAUGGAGAGUUUGAGCUCAUGUCUUACCGCCUCAACACUCACGUGAAGCCCCUGAUCUGGAUUGAGUCUGUUAUUGAGAAACACUCCCACAGUCGGAUUGAGUACAUGAUCAAGGCGAAGAGUCAAUUCAAAAGGCGUUCCACAGCCAACAACGUGGAGAUCCACAUUCCUGUGCCAACAGACGCCGACUCACCUAAAUUCAAGACGACAGUGGGCAGCGUGAAAUGGGUGCCAGAAAACAGUGAGAUCGUGUGGUCAAUCAAGUCCUUCCCUGGGGGAAAGGAGUAUUUGAUGCGGGCCCACUUUGGUCUGCCCAGUGUUGAAGCCGAGGACAAAGAGGGUAAACCACCAAUCAGUGUCAAGUUUGAAAUUCCAUACUUCACCACCUCUGGAAUCCAGGUGCGCUACCUGAAGAUCAUCGAGAAGAGUGGAUACCAGGCCCUGCCAUGGGUGCGCUACAUCACCCAGAAUGGAGAUUACCAGCUCCGGACCCAGUAGGCGGGGCAUCGACCAGUAGUAGGCAGGUGGAAAUCAGAGGGGGGCGGAGUCAAGUCUCUAAUGAGUUUUCAAUAGCAGGUGUCGGUCAUGGCACCCAGCGGCUGUCAGUAUCUACAUGUUUUGGUUGUUUUGUUUUAGUUUUUUUUUUUUAGUAUUUGUUAAGUGUUUAUAUUCAUUUCUGAUCAAUGCAAGUGUGAGAUCGGGCCUUCAGUGUGACUUCAAAGUGAGAGAGGCCAAAUGGAGUUAAGUUUACAUCCAGCUGACACAGCAGAGAUGUACGUACAGAAAUGUGCUACAAAUCUUCCAUUAUGGGUCAAAUGAUUAUUUUUUUAAGCUUUUGUUAGUUUUUCCACACAGUCUGGUUUUUGUUGUUUUGUUUUUUUUUUUUUACACGAAGCUGCUCUGUUCUGCUACAUUUCCUAUUUGUUGAUUAUUUGUAUAUAUAGUUCUAUGUUAAAGAACGUAAAUCAAGUGUUAUUGUCUGUCUAGCUGUAAUCGAUACCUCCUCUGUUUGUAUGAUCACCUACAUGUGAAGCCAUUUAGAAAAAGUUGAAAAAGUGUCAUUUGGAAUCUUUGGACGUUUGUCUUUGCAACAAAAUGAAAUCUGUUUAAACAGCAUAAUUAUCCAUAACAGCAUUGGAAAAUGUCUUUUUUUAAAUUAUUUUUGUUUGUUUUUUUCUCUCCACCGCAGCACCUGUUUCCGUCUGUAAAGGCGGCAGUUAAAAUCAUUAAAUGUCUAUUUAGAGAAAACUG